AUGAAUGUCGAUUCAUAUAUCUUUCGACCAUUUCUGAGGAAGUUCAUUUUGGUCUUCUUUGAUGAUAUCCUGAUAUAUAGUUGUAAGUGGAAGGAACAUCUGCAGCAUCUUAUAACUGUGUUUGAACUAUUGAGGAGUGAUUCUCUGAAGGUUAAAAGGAGUAAGUACACCUUUGCUCAACAACAAGUCGAUUACUUGGGGCAUGUCAUUAAUGUUGAAGGAGUUCAGACUGUUAAGGAGCUCAGGGGAUUUUUGGGGACCACAGGGUACUACAGGAGCUUUAUACAAGAUUAUGGGAAAAUAGCAAGACCAUUAACAGAUUUGCUCAAGAAGAACCAGUUCCAGUGGCAUGAUGGGGCCACUAGAGCCUUCAAGGAAUUACAGAAGGCUAUGAGUAAUCCUCCUAUUUUGGCUUUACCAGAUUUUACUUAG